AUCGGCGACUUCCUGGACGUGGCCUUCUCCAGCGAGGGCUACGCGCAGUGCUACGGCAAGUGGCUGCGGCGCCUGGUGGUGAAGACCGGCUCCAAGGACAGGCCUUCAGAUCAACUGGAGCAAGGGGUCUUGAGGGUGAGGCAGUGGGUCGCGGAGGAGGGCGUCACCAGGCGCUCCACCGUGGUCUGCCGCUUCCAGCGCGGCGCCUGCGAGGCGAAGCCGCAGCUCCUGCGCCAGGGCCCCAUCACCCACAUCCGGAUCCUCUCGAGUAGCUUGCAGCAGAAGUGGAUGGCGCUGCCGGAAAUCGAGGCGGAGGAAGACAAGGAGCCUCCGGCGCAUCCCUCCAUGGAGGAGGUCCAGGCAGCACCUCGCGACAAGGAAAACGAGGGCUUCGGCUAUGAGCUCAUGAGCCGCUUGGGCCAGUUCAUCCACGAGGUCUCCAGUGAUGACACCAGGCCCCCCAGCACCGCUCGCCCUCGGCGCACCACGCUUCACAAGAAGCGGAACGGCACGCGGAAAUCCGCGCGCCGAAAUGGCACGGAGGACCGCAUGUCGCCGCCGUGCGCAGAGCGGAGCGGCAGCGAGCCAACCGCAGCGAGCAAAAAGGCGAUUCCGGCGGCCGGAGGUGCCAGCCACGAGAUGCCCGAGGUCUAUUUUCUCGAGGACUGUGAAGCCUUCAACUACGACUCGGACAUCGACGACGGCAAGGACGAGAUCGUGCUGCACGCGGACGGCUCCGCGACGAGGCACCUGAUGCACAACCGGAGCUGGACCGAUGGGGGCGGGUACUCGGGCAAGGAUUCUAGGGAGUCCUCUGGCGUCGGUCGGUGGCAGAAAAGCGACCAGAAGCUGAGCCUCACCUGGACCACUCCUUGCGGUCACAAGGGCGAUCAGCCCACGGAGUUUCGCGUCACGGAGCAGGGGAUAGUGUACAAUUGCCCAUACAAGCAACGGCUCUACAAGCGGGUUGCAGCUCGGACUCUGACGAAGAGUGCGGAGGCUGAACUGCGGCUGGAGGAACUCCUUGGCACUGGAAGCACAGCUGAGGUUUUCCGCGCUGGCUGGCACGGAACGGACGUGGCAGUGAAGAAGCUGCGAAGCGCAGGACAGCUCUCCACGGAAUUCAAGCGUGAGAUCUCAGUGUUGCUCCGCUUGCGGCAUCCCAACUUGGUGCUCUUCAUGGGCGCGUGUACAAAAGCUCCUCAGGCCCUCAUCAUCUCGGAAUUCUGUGCCGGCGGAACGGUCUUUGGCCUUCUGCACCAGCGCCGGGAUCUCUCCCUGCCCUGGCCCCAGCGCUUGGCUGUGGCCCUGGACGUGGCCAAGGGAAUGAACUUCUUGCACCGUCGACAGGUGGUCCACCGCGAUCUCAAAUCUUUGAACUUGCUGUUGGCCGCGCCCUUGCGCGGCGACGACGUCCCCGCCGUGAAGGUCUCGGACUUCGGGCUCUCCCGGGCCUUCAAACCCGACCAGGCGCAGGGAGGUCCAUCGGAUUGGACGUCGGAGGACCUCUCUCGGAUUGAACAGCUCGAUCCCCUUCCUAAAAGAAUCCCAGCCAUCAUGUCUGUGCCUCCUGACGUGUGCAUGACCAGCGGCGCUGGGACCUACCACUGGAUGGCCCCCGAGGUCCUGUCUGGCCAGGGCUACGAUGAGAAGGUGGACGUCUACUCCUACGGCAUUUGCCUCUUUGAGCUCAUCACACGACGCAUCCCAUACGAAGGCUCAGGCCUGGAGCCCGUCUCCAUCGCUGUGGCAGUGAGCCGCGGAAGGCGCCCAGAUCCCAAGUUUGUGCCACAGGACUGCCCGGCGGACUUGCGCUUCACCAUGAAGUGCUGCUGGGCCCAUCGUUCCGGUGGUCGUCCGGGCUUCGACACCAUCUUGGAGACCUUGAAGCUUGUGAAGGGAAGGCUGACAGCACUGCGUGCACCGGCAGAAUGUGCCAUCCAAAAUCAUUGACUGAGAUCGCGAUUGCAUGUUUGUCGCAAUUGAGCCAAGUUUAUCCACGCAGAUAUGCUUUCUUUCGAUGCCCAUUGUCGACAAAUGUCGACAAGUGAUGUGAAAAACUUGGCUCCUUGCUGUCAAUGCCACGGCUACAAGUGCUGAAUUCUUGGGCAGGGC